GCUCCCGGCCGACUUUUCGCCAAUGGUCCAGAGCGACAUGUCCAAGUCGCCUCCCACAGCGGCGGCGGCGGUGGCGCAGGAGAUCCAGAUGGAACUGCUGGAGAACGCGGCUCCCGCGGGGGCGCUCGGAGCGGCCGCACAGUCAUAUGGAAAAGGAGCCAGAAGGAAAAACAGAUUUAAAGGAUCCGAUGGGAGCACUUCUUCUGACACUACCUCAAAUAGCUUCGUUCGUCAGGGUUCGGCAGACUCCUACACCAGCCGUCCAUCCGAUUCAGAUGUUUCUUUGGAGGAAGAUCGGGAGGCAGUGCGCAGAGAAGCAGAGCGACAGGCCCAGGCCCAGUUGGAAAAAGCAAAGACAAAGCCCGUUGCAUUUGCAGUUCGGACAAAUGUCAGCUACAGUGCUGCCCACGAAGAUGAUGUUCCCGUGCCAGGCAUGGCCAUCUCAUUCGAAGCAAAAGAUUUUCUGCAUGUUAAGGAAAAAUUUAACAAUGACUGGUGGAUAGGGCGAUUGGUUAAAGAAGGCUGUGAAAUAGGAUUCAUUCCAAGCCCAGUCAAGCUAGAAAACAUGAGGCUACAGCAUGAACAGAGAGCCAAGCAAGGGAAAUUCUACUCCAGUAAAUCAGGAGGAAAUUCAUCAUCCAGUUUGGGUGACAUAGUACCUAGUUCCAGAAAAUCUACACCUCCAUCAUCUGCUAUAGACAUAGAUGCUACUGGCUUAGAUGCAGAAGACAAUGAUAUUCCAGCAAACCACCGCUCCCCUAAACCCAGUGCAAACAGUGUAACGUCACCCCACUCCAAAGAGAAAAGAAUGCCCUUCUUUAAGAAGACAGAGCACACCCCUCCGUAUGAUGUGGUCCCUUCUAUGCGACCUGUGGUCCUGGUGGGCCCCUCUCUGAAGGGGUACGAGGUCACAGAUAUGAUGCAAAAGGCACUGUUUGAUUUUUUAAAACACAGAUUCGAAGGGCGGAUUUCCAUCACAAGGGUCACCGCUGACAUCUCACUGGCCAAACGCUCUGUCUUAAACAAUCCCAGUAAGCAUGCAAUAAUAGAAAGAUCCAACACGAGGUCAAGCUUAGCGGAAGUUCAGAGUGAAAUCGAAAGGAUUUUUGAACUUGCAAGAACACUGCAACUGGUGGUCCUUGACGCGGACACUAUCAAUCACCCAGCCCAGCUCAGUAAAACCUCUCUGGCCCCUAUUAUAGUGUAUGUCAAGAUUUCUUCUCCUAAGGUUUUACAGAGGUUAAUAAAGUCUCGAGGGAAAUCUCAAGCGAAACACCUCAAUGUCCAGAUGGUGGCGGCAGAUAAGCUAGCUCAGUGUCCUCCAGAGCUGUUUGAUGUGAUCCUGGAUGAGAACCAGCUCGAGGAUGCCUGUGAACACCUGGCCGACUACCUGGAGGCCUACUGGAAGGCCACCCACCCUCCCAGCAGCAGUCUCCCCAACCCCCUGCUCAGCCGCACUUUAGCCACCUCCACCCUGCCCGUCAGCCCCACACUAGCCUCCAACUCACAGGGUUCUCAAGGGGAUCAGAGGACGGAUCGCGGGGCUCCGGCCCGCUCUGCUUCCCAAGCUGAAGAAGAACCCUGCCCGGAACCGGUCAAGAAAGCCCAGCAUCGCUCCUCCACCCAGCACCACAACCAUCGCAGCGGCACCAGCCGAGGCCUCUCCAGGCAAGAGACCCUGGACUCGGAGACGCAGGAGAGUCGCGACUCCGCCUACGUGGAGCCCAAGGAAGAAUACUCGCACGAACACGCGGACCACUACGCCCCGCCCCGCGACCACAACCACCGAGAGGAGCUCCAUGGGGGCGGGGAGCACAGACACAGGGAGACUCGGCACCGCUCCAGGGACCCGGACCGGGAGCAGGACCACAACGAGUGCAACAAACAGCGGAGCCGCCACAAAUCCAAGGAUCGCUACUGUGACAAGGAUGGGGAAGGGGUGUCCCGGAGACGGAACGAGGCUGCGGACUGGAACAGGGAUGUUUACAUCCGCCAAUGACUUUUCUGCCCUUUUCUGUUGUUGUUGUUUUUUUUUUUUAAGUCUUGUACACCCACCACCCGCCCAACUCGAUCUUGAGGGGAGGGGUGGGGUCUACACUGCAAUCAUAUGUGAUUUGUCUUGUAUAUUUUGUACUGCUGUUGCUUGGAUAGCAACAGCAUAAAAUAGAGUAUUAAUACACUUUUUUUUUUUUUCUUUUUUAAGUGCUCUAUCAAUUGGCCUGGAAAGACUGCAGGCCCCCGGUUGUCUACAGAUCCUUGAACCCCGUCUAGGGUAGCUGCCAUUCAAACAAAAUCUGUUGCUGUCUGAGUGGCGUUCGUAUUUUAAGAAGCAUAGCUGAUGUUUUCGAAAAUGUGGUUGAUGUAUCCAGUAGGCCAGAACUGGCCCAGAUAAAAAGUGGAGUUUCCUGAUUCUUGCCGAUUUUUUACUAUGUAGGCACCUGAUUUGCAUAUUCAUCCAUGGACCACUGUUUCUUGCUUGUACCUCCGGCUGACUAAAUUUGGGGACAGAUUCAGUCUUGCCUUACACAAAGGGGAUCAUAAAGUCAGAAUCUAUUUUCUAUGUAUUAGUAUUGUGUACUGUAUAGACAGUUUGUAAAUGUUAUUUCUGCAAACACCUUCUUACAAUAAUUAUAUAUAUUAUAUAUAAUAUAUAUAUAUAUAUCAGUUUGAUCACACUAUUUUAGAGUCUUAAUGCCAAGUCAGCAGACCUGCUUUAUGAAUUACAGGGACUAGAAAAGCCCACCUUCAGGAAAUUUGUAAUAGCAUCGACUCGACGCCCAUCCCCAUUCACUAGAGAGUCUGUACAUACUGUAAAUACGUGUGGCUGCUUGACUUGAAAAGGUUUGAUUUCUGAAUGUUUCACCAUCCUUGUAAGUUUAUCAUUUCUGACCAUAAACUAUGGGAAAUAUAUAACCAAACUCCAAGAGUUGUUCUACUCCGUGCAGUUCACACUGAUUGUGACAACCACGUCCUGCGUAGCUAGUGUCUGAGGUCACAGCACUGGAGUCUAGGAGCUGGAACCCGUGUGCGUGUGGGUCUGGGGGUGAGCAUGUGCGAGCAAGUGGAGGGUGUGAGUGUGGAAGACGCAAGAAGCAUCCAGCCUGGGCCACCGGCACACACCCACCUGGCUCCGCCGUUCACUAUGCUGCUGCGGGAGUCACCGGGGCGUAGUGGGGAGCUCGCUGCCAAAGGGGACUCAUUCAGAGAGCUCCCACCUGCUGGCUCCUUGGCUGUGCCCCUGGAAAGGAAAAAUACGGGCCGCUUUUAACUGUGAGUGUUCCACUGGAAAUGUCUGAUCUCUCAUGUGUCCGAGUGUCUGUCGUAGGGAGAAACGUUUACACAGCUUGUAGAAUAAUUUCAGGGGAAAAUCAGAGACCGUGACUCCUCCCGCCCCGCUGGCUGUUCCCCUCUUCUCUCCUCCAUCCAUCACCUCCCAUUCCAUUCCCAUCUCCCCCACCAACUCCCGACACUUUCACCGUCCGUCAAAACCUAGAAGUGCUUCUUAUAACCAAAGUUUCUGCUCUUCAGAAGAAAUCAGGGCAAAAUGAGGUGACUUGAAGUGAACAAAGAUGUUGAGGUUUCCUGUGUGGGACACCUGCCCUGAAGGGGAAGCCAGAGAUGCUGAGCCUGGUGUCAGGGACACGCUGGCGGCAGCCCACGAGGUGGCUGUCAUGCUGAGGCCAAAACCUGCUCUGUCUCUAUGUCUGUCUAUGUAUGUCUGUCUGUCCAGUAAAGCCUGGAUGGGUAAGACAGUAUUAGGUGUGCACGGACCUGGCACUUGAAGUCUGUUCCUGGAAAACUCCUCUCUAUGAUUGCCUACCUUCAGACCUGGACAUUAAAAAUUCUUGUUUUAUUAAAUAAGGCUAUUUUUUUAUUUCACUUCUUUGGUUAUUCCAGGUUCUUGCCAAAUAUCCUUGGACCUUUACAAGUAAAACUGUUUCAUGUUUCAUUCCCUAUUUUCCUCCCCCAAAGAAAACUCAAGAGUUAUAAAAAUGAAUUAUACAUAUAGUGUUUUAUCAGAUAACAGAGAAACCAUUUCCCUCAAUCUGUUAAUUAGCUCUGUACUGUUGACAUACCUUUAUUUAUUGAAUAUAAAGACACUAGUCAUAAUAUAUAAAUUUUCAGUAUAAAUUAGUCACAUCAUUGGGAAACCAUGUUCCAAUUAAAGUUACUUUUAUAAAAUACUUCCAGUCAACUUUUCAUCACAGUAAGAUGUCCUAAUCACCAGCCCCAACCUUUCCUAUACAAAAUUACAUCCCAGUUCAUGACUUUGGAAUAUUUGAAUUCUUGAGGUAUAACUGGUAUGUAUCUUUUUUGCUGCUACCAUUAAUCCCUUUCAAAGAACUACAUUAAUGGAUUCCAUUUUUAAAAAUUUUGUACCUGGACCCUUCAUUUCUCACUUUACUGUGAAACACAUUAGUCCAAAUCAGAGUGUUCCUCAGAAACCUCUAUUGCAGGAUUUGACAUAAGCGCAUCUAUCUGUGAAGACUGUGUAGUGGGUGUAUGUGUAAACGGUGUGUGCAAAAUAUGUAAAUGAAGAAACAAUCCCAAGGACAAUGGGAUAUUUACUGACUCGUAGAAUGUAAAAUUCUAAGUCUUUUCACACAGCAAAGGUUUCAUUUAACCAACUGGGUUGUAGAAUCAUGAUUUUUGUAGUUAACCUAGAAAAUGCUGGAAAUGUUCUGAAUAGUUCUAUGGUUUUUUUUCCUUGUCAAACCCAUUUCAAUUUUUUCUCUGCUCUCUCUCUACUGCUCAUUUAAGUUACUGUUACAAAAAGGUGCUGCUAAAUGUAGGCCGUCUUAGUUAUCCUGUACUUUGGGACAAUGCCCCAUUUGAACAUGGUCUGCUCUGCAUUCAUGUUAAACCUUCACUGUCAGCUACACCAAACUGUUCAACAAGCCUGGUUUAUAGUCAUUCGUAUCAAACAAAUAAAGAGCUGGCUUCUGCACUGUUUACUAUUAGUAGUAUUAAUUGCCAUUUCAGGAGUGAGUCUUACAGUUGACAGUAUGUUAAACACUUACCUGCACUUCCCUCACGUGGCUCAUCUUCCGGGGGC